UGGUCUGCUUGGGUUGUUCGUUGCUUUUUCCUCGCGUCUUGCUGGUCCUCCUCCGCCGUCUGCGAGCUGCCAUCUCCUCGGUUUCGUCUCUCUGCCGCACGGCCCUUCGCCCGUGUCCAUCGCCAUGACCCUGGUCUGAUACCAAGACCUCAUCUUACACACAGCCCAGGCGUUGAAAAUCGAAUAGGCCCGGUUGGGUCUCCAAUUGCUUGGAUAAUACUUGUGCCUACAUAUCGGCGAGCACCCCGGUCGUGCCAGCACCUGGACCUGCACGCGCGCAUUUGCUCCCUCUCACCUCGCCUUGGUCGACAAGCAACGCAUCGCCCGAGAGCCACGACAGCGUCAUGUCGGGCACCCUGAGCAAGCGCCAGCAGGCGCGUAACGAGUCGAUUUUGCAGGAGCUGGUACAUUCCGUGCCAGGCAAUGACCAGUGCGCCGACUGUCACGCGCGAAACCCAGUCUUCCUGUGCAUGCGCUGCGCCGCGAUACAUCGAAAGCUCGGCACACACAUAUCCAAGGUCAAGUCGCUGAGUAUGGAUGCGUGGACGAACGAACAAGUCGACAACAUGCGAAAGGUCGGCAACGCUGCUUCCAACAAGAUAUACAACCCGGAGAACAAGAAACCAUCGAUCCCCAUCGACGUGGAUGAGGCAGACUCGGCAAUGGAGAGAUUUAUCAGGCAAAAAUACAUCAACAAUGUCCCUGGCCAGGCUGGGAAGCUCAAGAGACCGCAGCUAGAUGAAGGCACCCCGCCACCACUCCCGCCCAAGAACUCCAAGUUCGGUUUCCGGUCGGCAUCGUCGAUAUUCCCAUUAUCAUCGCGGGCGAAGAGGGAGGCCAAAGCAGCCGCUGCGCAGGAGCAUGCCAACUCCAAUUCCUCGUCAAACCAGGCAGACCAGACGAACCACGCGAACAAGCAGUCCAAGGUAUUUGGGGCCACCGUGGACUACGGCCAGGACGACACAGACAAGAAGCUUGCGAGACUACGAGACAUGGGCUUCCAGGACGACCAACGAAAUACAGCUAUUCUGAAGGGAGUCAAUGGCAAUCUAGAGCGCGCUGUGGAGGCGCUCGUUCGUCUCGGCGAAGGCGACCGAUCGCCAGGACCGGCGCCGCCAACAGCCGAGCGGACGUUACGCACCUCGAGGUCGCUGACGCCGGUAGGUUCCAAUGCCGGGGGGCUCAACCUAGGUCUGAGCAUGCCGCAGAAGGAAUCGGCUCCCGGACGCCCAACCACGGCAUUGGCGGCGUCUACGAACCCCUUUGACAUGUUCCCGCCUGCCCAACCCCAGACGGCUCAGUCCACCGGAACGCUUCAGAGCACCAAUCCAUUCAUGAACUCGACGAACCCCUAUGGGAAUCCAGCUCACCAGGCCAGUCUUGUCACACAGGCAUUCCAGAACAUGAACCUGUCCCCGGCAGCUCAACCUCUGUUCCCCCAUCAUACCGGAGGAAUCGUUACGUCGCCCCAUCAGUUUUCCAUGUACCAUCAGUCGCAGGCCGCUCCGCCAAUUCCUCAACAAUACCAGGGCUUGAGCUUCCAGAACAGCAUGACGUACCCUCAACCCGCCACACAGCCUCUGGCACCUCAGCAGACGGGGUACAAUCCGUUCUUGACGCAGGCUCCGUCUACGUCUCCGUUUCAGCAGCAGGCACCGCAGCAAAGCCUGUCCCUUAACACCAACCAGCCCGCGACAUAUGCGAACAAUCCCUUCACCCGGUCGCCGACAAGGAUAUCGUCGCCUUCUCUCACCCAGAUUCCCGAACAGUCUCAGCCUACGAUGUUCCAGGCCCCGACGCCGCUUCAACCUCACCUGACCGGAACGAAUCCCUUUUUGAACAAUGGCGUGCAGUACCCCCAGCAGCAGCAACCGCAAUUCUAUGGGCAACAGCUGCAGCAGCCGCAGCCGCAGCAACAACAACAACAACAACAACAGCAGCAGCAACCGCAGCAGCAGCAGUUUUACCAGCCCCAGCAACAGCACCAACAGCAACAGUUCUACCAGCCUCAACGUCAGGAUAAGGCGUCUAUCCUCGCGCUCUACGGCCAGCCGCAACCAGCCCGCCCCGCGGCCUCCGACCCCAACUUGCACGGACAAACGCCGACCAUCCCGGAGGACAGACCCAUGCCGAUGCAGACCAUGCAGCCUGUGGCGGCUCCGGCGCAGUCACCUCUGAGCCCAUCACAGCCAGCUGCCGGAACCAACAACCCGUUCGUCAAGAGCGGGCCUGUGGCAGUGUCUCCAGAUCCCUUUGCGACGGAUCGUAAGAUCAGCCGAGAGAGCAUGAAUCUGGGUAUGGACAUGGCCUGGACGAACGGGCGGCAUAGCCCAGACGCCUUUGCAAGCCUCAGUGCGAGACACGGCUGAGCAGAUUGGAGGAGUUUAGGGGUGUGCUUUGUUGUGGGUGGUCUUUCUGGUCGAUUAUCUUGGUUCUUGAUUCCUCUUCACUUUUCAUAAUGUAUUCGUUUUAUGUUCAUUCAGGGCGCAUAUGCCAAAGCAAAGGGCUUUGGCACAUUUGUUUAUUAUAUAUGCCUUGCAAUGACCGGGCCUCGGAGGGUUUACUAAAAUCUAUACCUGAAUGUUUGGGUAGCGAGCUGGAAACAGGGCCCAUCUCCCUAGGAUGUAAGUAGCGGUUAUAGCAUACAUGAAGAUGCGCAAUGCAGAC